AUGAACUCUAAAAUUGAUCAACUUUUCACAUUUUUAGAUAAAAGAGACACAGACACACUGCCCAGCUGUGAUACCGAAAAUGACUAUGACGGUAGUGACAACUUGAGAAUAUUAGCUGUAUUCAUGCUUUUAAUAUCUUCCGGUUUUGGCUCUUUUUUCCCAAUAUUAUCUUCAAGAUACUCUUUUAUUAGACUUCCACAAUGGUGUUUUUUCUUAGCUAAAUUUUUCGGGUCAGGUGUCAUUGUUGCCACUGCUUUCAUUCAUCUACUAAGCCCGGCAUCUGAUGCAUUGGGUAAUGAAUGUUUAGGUGGUACAUUUGCUGAGUAUCCAUGGGCAUUUGGUAUUUCCUUAAUGACUUUGUUUGCUCUAUUUUUUACAGAGAUUAUAAGUCACUAUUUCAUUACAAAGGCAUAUAGUGACACAGGAUUGACUGAACACGACCAUAAUGAGAGUGAUACAGAACAUGAAUAUUCAAAUAUUGACCUCAAUACUGUUGGCGAAAAAAAUGAUGACCAUUCAGAAAAGGAUACCAUUAGACCAACAGAAACACUGGAGUCCCCAUCAGUGAUCCCAGGUGCGAAUCAUUAUUCUCAUGGAGUAAACCACAACGAUCCAGAACAACUACUUGAAACAUCGCAAAAAAGUAGAGAAGAAAAAUACGCUACACAGAUCUUAGCAGUAACUGUCCUUGAAUUUGGUAUUAUCUUUCACUCAGUGUUUGUUGGUCUUUCUUUAGCAGUUGCUGGUGAAGAAUUCAAGACAUUAUUUAUUGUUUUAAUUUUUCAUCAAAUGUUUGAAGGUUUAGGUUUAGGAACAAGAUUAGCUCAAACAAAAUGGCCCGAAAGUAAACAUUACACACCCUGGUUAAUGGCUCUAGCUUUUGCACUAACAACCCCAAUUGCUGUCGCUAUUGGCAUCGGUGUCAGACAUUCCUUUGUCCCAGGUUCAAGAAAAACCUUAAUCACAAAUGGUGUUUUUGAUUCUAUAUCAUCAGGUAUUUUAAUAUACACUGGUUUAGUAGAAUUAAUGGCCCACGAAUUUCUAUUUUCUAAUCAAUUUAAGGGUGAUAAUGGUUUCAAGAAAAUGAUAAUGGCAUAUAUUUGUAUGUGUCUUGGUGCUGGUUUAAUGGCAUUACUAGGUAAAUGGGCCUAA